UGAAGAACAAGCUGCGGAAUGAGGUCAGGCUCCAGGCGGACCGGACGAAUUGCGCGGUGAAUCCCGGCCCAGUAAAAUCCAGAGUCAUGGACUUUGACCCUAGGGACCCUAAGAAAACGAGGGCAGACGUCCUAGAAGGGAGAGAACGGGAGAAAGCUGAGAAGAAGGCGAGGGUGCAAGGCUGUCAAGCGGGCGUAGUAGCGUGCAAGGAGGAGGCGCUUGCCCAGGUCGACGAAGCCGACGGAGUGAAGGUGGACCCGAAGAAGAUCCGCGAAACCCUGCGGCAGUGUCUUGUAGAGAAAGCACUUGGUAAACUUACUGCCGACGCUGCAUCUUUGCCAGGCACAACGUAUAAUUCACUACAGCUAGGAGCAGUAUGUAUGUCUUUUUUGACUUCUACAUGGCCAUGGCGUUCACGAUGGAGUGAUAUCAAAGGGCCACAUGACUGAAGCUCCCACUUCUCGGUGUCCAAAAUAAAGUGGCUCUUUAUAUAAACAUAGAUAUUCUUCAGUAAAGAUACCCAACUUCCUUGUAAUGAGGUCAGAUGAUUUCAUCGCCUCCUAGGUGGUGAGGCUACUGAGGUAGUGGUUUAUUUAUUAUCUUCUUCACCCUCUCGAAGUAGACUUGUAUGUGGCCACUUUUCGAUUCCUGAAAUAGAAUACUAUCGGACCACGUCGCUUUGCUUGUCAAAAAUCGCUGCAAGGAAGGUUCCGACAGUAGCACUGGAAGGCACCUGAAAAGUGGGGCCCCAUUUUUUGCGGAGUCUACUCGUGUUGCCUUGCGGUGCUUCCGAUUUUUUGCUUUUGUCGGCUCAGGUCUUUUCUGAUGCUGAGAACGGAAAAGCCUAGCUGCUCGGGGCGUAAUAAUUUUUACCCCCCGCUGGCCUGUGGUUUUUUAGUGCCGCAAAUUUGUCGGCGUGUAAUAAUUAUUACUCGCUGAAGUUCUAGGAAUUUUGGCAACGAUUCCGACAGUAGUAAUUCGACAGAGUCGAAAAGUGGCCGCCUACAAAUCUGGCGACCACUGUGGCCCAGCCAUUGCCUUGACUGUGAAGAUCGGCCUCGUCUAGCGUCUGGCCCCACAGGCCUACGUGUGGCUGGAGUGGCCGUGUUGAGGUUGAGGUCGUUGCGUACUAUCUCAAUCCAGCUCUUCUGAUCUUCCACCUUUCUUACAUUCACUAUGUAUUCUUUUUACUUUGAGUAGCCUCGCUCCGUCCAAUGAAUCCUCAAGAAGAACCCCAAUCUUCAUAAAGGGAAAUUAUUUUUUCUUACUCGCUGUCGCUUGCUCACUUCAUCUAUGAUCUCUUUCUGCGAUAAAAUAAAAAUUUCGACUUCUCCGAGAUGGGAUAUCGGCAAGCCUCCCAUUCCGAAGUCGAAACUUUUCCUUCACUACUCGUGGUGAGCUCUGACACAACUUCUAUCUACGAGUUUGAUCCUGACGUUUGUUGCACAUUACAUAUUAUUUGAUAAAGCAAGGCCCAGGUCCAGCCACGCUGCUCCUGAGGGGACUAAGUAUAUUUUUAGCGGGCUGAUUUUCCCUCGUCGUGUUAUUCCUAACAAGGAGCAUCAAACUUCAAGUUCAAACUCACAACACGCUUGGUUGAUGCCCACAGAUCUACUUCAACUCGCUCAUUCAGAUCAGCAACUUUGCUUGUUCUGCUAUGUCUUUCACAAUCUCCUUACUCACAGGAACAAUGCUGCGCCUGGACAAAGUGGCCCGGCUACAGAGUAUAAUCCAAGAGCAAAACCAAAACCAAAAGGAAUGACGUACUCACUAACAUAACUGCUUAAUUCUAUUGUAAUUGAUGCUUGGACUUCUAUACUGUAUAGUAGUUUUUAUAGCAGAGUAGUUUAUAGCACGCAUGGUGCAUGGAGUAGCACGGAGUGCAUGGAGCGCAGAGCUUUAAGGGGCGCAAGAAGCUCCCCCUUUAGCUCCAUGCUACUCCAUGCGAUCCAUGCACUCCAUGCCAUGCGAGCCGUGAAACCUUAUAAAUUGCUCUGUUAUAGGAAGGGGAAUCAGCAACGUCAGCUUCUUGUUCUUACUUUUCUGUUACACCCAUUUUCUUUGCAGGCAUCCAUAUCAUCUUUGGAUAGUCGAGAUGACUUUUCGUUAGGAAGCCUCUCUUAAGAGGCCUCUCCUUAAGAGUCUCAUCGUCCUUAUAAGACGAGGCCCUUUGUAAGAUGACGCCACUCUUCAAAAUCCUUGCUUGAAGAGAGGCCCUUCCCAAGAGGCCUCGCGUAGAAGUCCUAGGAGGUCCUGCCCAAUUCUUAAGAGAGGCCUCACCUACGAUGCGCCUUUGCCCCUGUGAUUACCGAAUCUGAUUGAAGUUCGAAUCUUUUGGGCACUUUUCGAGCCAGGAAGCUGGUUUGCGUUUUAUUUAGUAGUCGAAGUGUCCAAGAUAAUGGGGAUCCGCAUUCCUUAUUUUUAUUUCCCUGCUGCUGCAGGGAGGGCUAUAUAAUAUAAUGGGUUGAGCCGGCCUCGAAGUCGGCUGCCAUCUUGUCUCUACGGUGGUCGCGAGUGGCCAUAUCAGGAGCACGCGCGUCAUGACAGGGCCCCAUCUUCCUUACGGAGGUUUUGGCGUCGAUGGUUUUGGACGAUUUGGCCACUUGGCGGGCCACGACGCCCCCAGAGGACAGGCCUCUGACGAAGCCUCUCUCAGAGGGCACAUCAUCGUACAGGAGCUCUCUGUCACCUCCUCUGAGAUGACGUGAGCUGAGGCUCCCUCUGAGAUGACGAGCGAUUUCGCGAGGGCCGUAGGUGCUCAAGGCUACGGGCUGCACCUCCUAUGUCCUCAGAAUCCCCUCUGGGUGGGAGGAUUUCUGUUGAGGUUUCCGCUUGAGCGAGCAACUCCGCGGCCUCUCUCAGAGGGCACAUCAUCGUAAAGGCCCUCUCCCGAGGGCCUCUUUACGUACUUUACAACUUUUGGGCUUUUUAUUGAUCCAAAUCCGAGUCAACCUGGCGCGCAAUUUGGUCAAACUAUCUGUCCAUAAUUCUCUGUCGGUAGCCCUGGCCCCAUCCGCUGGUCUUUGGCUUAGCCAUGCUGGCUUACUAGCCAUAGCCAUGUGGUGGCUUAGCCAGAGCCAGCAGAGCUAGUAAGGUUAGCCAGAGCGAUUUUCUAGCUUGGCUGUAGCCUGCGUGCUUAAUCAUAGCCAGCUAGCAAGCGUAGCCCUACGAACCCCUAUCAAGCAGUGGACCAGGCGGGUUAAGGUUGUGCACUUAGAUAGUUAGCCUAGUGUCCCCUGAGCGUGCGGCCCCUUAACUACUUUGCUGCCCCGAUGCGCUCGGGUGUAAAAACAAACUGGAGAGCGCCAGGAUUGUAUCAGACGUUUCCGGUUCGAGAUAUAGUUACUUACAUAAGUAGCUCGUUUUGGCUAUCAUUCUAUUGGCAAGGCUAUUCUUUGUCCUUAAUUGAUCGCAGAAGUCUAGUCCUCUCACCAUCCUUAUUGCUAUUAGUUUUUUUGGCGCUCUCUGCGCCGCGAAGAAGGUCUAUAAUAUUGUUUACUCUAUCGACGUAAUGAAAAUGAAUGAGAGGCUGAGCAGGCACCGUCUAUUAUGUUCUUGGCACUGAUUCUGUUUCAGUAGAGUAUGAAAAAAUGGUAUAGUCUCCAAGUAGAAGAAGGGACAUUAUGGCACGGCAUUUCCUUGUCGAUAUUCUCAGUCAGAAGUGUCAUCAUUGCUCACACUGUUUGCGCCGCUUCCUUCUUGAUCAGAUUUUUUUAAAAUUGUGAUGAACCCCAACGUGCUUUCCAGUGCGCACGCAUCUUCAUCGUUUGUCAUGAUUUAUCUUCAACUACAGCCGAGACAAGUCCACGCCUGAUCUUCAUGCGGGGAAGUCAUCCGCUGCGGGGACGUCAUCCACUCUGAAAGCUGGUGGUACCCUGGCAGCUGGAAAAAAGGCAAAGGCAAAAGCAAAAGGACCUCUUGGGUACUCGUUAACUGCAUUCAGCUUCAUUAACUACAAAAGCCUUUUACCGAAAAUCGUAUUCGUAGUCUUGAUUCGUAUUCGUAUCCUCUAUGGACAACUACUACAGGUCUCCGCGUGGAAAUGGACCUUCGGGACACGACACGCGUUACAGGAGAAGCUCGUAGACCUUCGUGAAGUGUUCACGAUAUUUUCGUGAAGAAACGUACGUCUUUUGGUAGGUUGUGCAAGAACACUUCUGACCACUUCUCCGGUCAGAUGACGAAGCACUUCUGUGGAUCUUCGAAGCGUUGUGCUGCGCUACCUGUAAAGAAGAAGGACGACAAGGAAGCUCAAGUACUUAAGCGAAGCAAGUACUAUGCAGUAAAAUGCAAUUGUUCAUCGGGUAUACCAAGAAAGAGGAUUCGAAGAAAUUCGUAGAACUCAAAAGAGAUUCAGGGAAGUCGUAGGCCCAACCCGAACCGGCUACAAACAUCACCUUCAUCAUCAUCAUCAAGAUGAAAGCGGAGCGUUUCAUAUCCUAGAAAAAGUAACACGAGUAUGACAUCCGAUGUUAAAAAUAACAUGAAUGAAACACGGCAGCAAGAAUGCUAUAUAUAGAAUAGCCUCAAUGUUAGUUGGAAUUAGAUAGCAACAGUCUGCUAAAACUACGGACUGGAGAGAAGCAAACUACAGCUCAGGUUCACAUAAAAUGGUUAUCAGAUGAGAUUUGCAUUAAACAAUCAAGAUUAAAGAAACAGGCACAAUCAAGAAGCACUCAAUAAGAAUCUGAUAGAUUAUUAGUAUGCCUAGUGCCACAUAGAAAUUAGAAACUUAUUUAUUGGAACAUCAAAAACAGAAAUAACCGCUAUAAUGAUACUUCGUUUAUCAAAAAUCACAUGUUGGACGUCAACAUUCUCAACAAAAAAUCAUGACGAUAUGAGUAUUUAUCUUUAUCAAUUUCGUUGUAAGUACUAUAAGGAACGUUUUACUGAACCGGAUCAACAUGAUGAUGUAUGAAAAUCUGUAAAGGUACGAAGACUAGUAAUGUUGAAUAGUAUGUUUAUAGUAAUGAAUUUUGGGUUCAACUUCAAGAACUUCUUACUGCACGACCAAGACAUCGUUACGAUCAUACGAAAAAGAGUUGGUUGUAGUUUUAUCACGAUUGGAAAAAGAUAUGGAGUACUACAAGCGAUGAAGAAAACCAAAACCUAUUAUCUGCAUAAUUGGACAUGAAGAUUUCAAGGGAUCAAUAUAUUGGAUCAAUCUGAAUCAAAACAUACUGGAACAUCAAUCUGAAGACUCAUAUCACACUUGCAACUAACAAUUUUUGGAACAACUGUAAGUAUAGAUACACAUACAAACUUGGGAAGAUGUCUGAAU